GUAAUUUUGAUAAAUAAAAAUCAAAUGUGCUCGCUCACCUUUGUAAAAUUUAAAGGACCAAAACUGUACAAAGAGUAUAUUUAAAUGACCACAUUGAACUAACCCCAAACAUAAGGAACCAUUUUUGCCAUUUUUCUCUUUGGAAUUACACGGCCGCGUCACAGCAGUGUAAGUCAAGAACAUCCAUCACCAGCAACAAAGAUCGAGCUGGUCACCUCUCCAUGGCUUUCUUCUUCCACAAAUUCCAAGAGGCGGUGAAGAUUCUUGCUAAAAGUCCCACUUUCGCUAGAGAAUCGAGACUUGUUCAGUUCGAAGCUGACAUAAAUCUCCUCUUCCUUUAUACUAGUUACAACCGUUUGGGAAGGAAUGCCGAAGAAGCUGAUGCAGAGGAGAUUAUUGAUAUGGCUAACAAAGCCUCCUUAGAUGAUCAACAGAAGCAGGUCCAUGAGAAUGUGCAUUAUCAGGUUACGAGCUUUUGCAGAUAUAUGGAUGACAUAUUACUCCCUGAUCAUAAAGUCAAAGAUAAUCAGGCCACAUCACCUACAGCAACAACUUCUUCUCCUCAUAGUAGUGGGCUCGGUCUUGCUGUUGGCGGGAAUUCUCUAGUACAAGACCAAACUGCUGUACCUGAAACCAAGACAUUGCGGCGCACUGAGGUCUCACAGAGGUUAAAGGAUCUUAUGGGCUACACUCUUGAGGUCAAACCAUCUCAAAUUCCCCAUGAGGAUGCCGGGAAGGGUUUAUUCUUACAAGGUGAAGCCAAUAUUGGUUCCGUCAUAGCAUUCUAUCCUGGAGUUGUCUACUCUCCAUCAUAUUGCCGCUAUAUUCCUGGGUACCCCAGAGUUGAUUCCCAAAAUUCACAUUUGAUCACACGGUAUGAUGGGACAGUGAUCAAUGCACAGCCAUGGGGAGCUGGCGGCGAAUCUCGUGAAAUAUGGGAUUGGACUAGGGUUCCUGAACCCAUGCACACUACACAAGCAGAUGAAAAAGUUUCUAUCGUAGUCAACAAGCCAUUGGAUGGAACACAUGUUGGAGGCAACCUUGAAGUGUUGGAAUGGAGAAACCCUCUUGCCUUUGCUCAUUUUGCCAACCACCCAGCCAAAGGCAUGGUCCCCAAUGUAAUGAUAUGCCCUUAUGAUUUUCCUCUCUUCGAGAAGGACGUGAGGCCCUAUAUACCUAAUAUUUCAUUUAGAAAUGGCGAAGAAGAGAACAUGACGAAAUUUAGCAGCUUUAGGUUCAAAUCAUGGAAGUCAAGCAACAAUGAAUCAAAUGUUCCUGUUCUGAAGACACUUGUUCUUGUGGCUACUAGAGCAAUUUGUGAUGAAGAGGUUCUGCUGAAUUACCGACUGAGCAAUUUAGAGCACAUACCAUCGUGGUAUACUCCAGCAGAUGAAGAGGAGGAUUAAGCUAGGUGGAGCUACGAUCAUUAAGACGAUGGAUGCAUAUAUAUAUAUAUAUAUAAGUUGUUGAACAACCAUAUAAUUAUACAGGUUCUUAUGAUCAUCCGUCAUUUCUCAAGGCCAGCACAGAAUGCAGUAUUAUCUCUUUCUCCAUGCUUUAGAAAGCCUAGUUCUUAACACUUAUGUCUGACUAAUCAGGAGUUACUUGACAAGAAAACAUUGUGCUGAGCUCUAGAAAUAGUUGAACUUGGCUCAGAUGACAAUAUUUUCCAGGAGUCACUACUGAAUAAGGCAAGAAUGAAAUCCAUUUUAACAGAAAGGACGAACUCGCGACUGUUACAAUCAAAAUCCUGUUUUUUGGUUCUUUGUUA